GUUGGGGCGUGCACAGGUAAAUUAACGCAGAAUAAGUGUGAGCUAGCGUUAGCACAAUGCUAACAUCCCAUAAAUCUAAUCUCCAUCCUUACAAAGUCUUCAAAUAGAAACUCUAAACUCAUUUUAGUUGUGUUCGACUCCGUAUUAUGUUGCCAAAAUAUCAUGGAACCAAAUUAGAAGCCUCCUACUCGUUCGUGAGUGAUGAAAUCCCCCCCCCAUAACAACCCCAACUGUGAGUGGUGCUUGCCAAAUAGUGAGUCCUUGGAACCCCUCCCCACCAUUCUCAUCAUCUAUACGAGCAGACGGUGUCACGAAGCCAGGGAAGAGGAGAGGGAGACGGGGAGAGGAAGGAAGGGAGGGACUCACCAGAGACGCGAGGUGCUCAGCCUUAACGAGCGGACAGAAACAACGCUCCGGUUGGCUACAAACCAGGUGGAGGUCAAGGCAAGAGCGUCAAUCCCUGAAAAAGACCACCAUGAAUGAAUCGGCGGCCUGACGACUCCUUGACGGUGCUGGACUUUGAUUGGAUGGACACACUUUUGAUUGCCACUGUACUGAACGAGCCACAUGCCAUCCAGAAGAAUGGAUACUCCUCCCAACGCCUCACAUUCAUUCAGCUUUACGGACAUCUGUAAUGAUUGGUGUCACAGACAAGAAUUCACUUUCAGGCCCGUGGAAAAAAUGUGUGCCAGUUCUUGAGAAGCUUUUCAAACAGAAAAAAAAACAAUUUCCCCAUUAAAAAAAACUAUUUUUUGCAAAUAUUCUAAUAUGGACCAGUAUUGAUCGAUCAUGGUGGGCCGUACAUGCUGUAAUUUUCCAUAUUCAUGGAUCUCUCAUGGAGGAGGUCAUUGAUCGGCUCAUGCUGGUUUUUUUUGCUUUGUGAUCAUGCUGCUUUUAAUUGACCGUGCUCAGAAAAGUGCCGUUUUUUCGUUUUUUUCAUUCAGUCCACAAACAACUCACCUCGGAUUAGUACCAAGGAGACAAAUAGUCAAGUAGGAAAAAGCACCAGAGGAGAUUUCCAGCCUCACCGCCAUGGUGAUGUCCCAGGGCACCUACACCUUCCUGGCCUGUUUUGCCGGCUUUUGGUUGGUCUGGGCCUUCGUGGUCAUGCUCUGCUGUUUCUGCAGCUUCCUGCAGCGCCGGCUCAAGCGGCGCCGCGAAGUUCGGCUGAGGGAGCAGUGUCUCCGAACUGUGGAGACGGAGCCGCUCGCUUGUCCCGCUCUGCCGUACCCGCCGCCACCACUCGCCACUCCUCAACUAGCCCCGCCCCUGCUUCCGCCGCCUUCCCAGCAAAUGGCACCGCAGUUCUCGCUGUCGACGCCGCUUCCACUUCAAGUUCCUCAUCCUUUGCCUGAAGCUAACUGGGUCAGCAUGCCUGAAGCAGAUCCUUUUGGAAAGCCGCCGUGCUACGAGGAGGCGGUCCUAAUGGAGGACCCUCCCCCUCCUUACACCGAAGUCCUGUCAGAACCGCGAGGGGUCACCUACCUGAAACCCGCCCCUUAUCGAUCCGCACCGCCGCCCCUGCGGGAACACCAGGAUCCCAGCCCGGCGUUCCCGUCCAAGACCGGCAAGCCUCCGCCGCCGCCGCCGUCGUCCGUGUUCCCCGGUCGGGGUUACUCCUCCCUCAUCCGCCUGCCUUCGUCGCAGCGCUGGGACUCUUUGGGCCACCUGCUUUCCAACAUGGACCUCAACCAGUAUAACCUCACACCGCCGGGGGCUCGCUCCCUGCAGGUGGGCGUCACCAUGGCGACCAUGCCCCGCCGGGAGAACAGGACCGGUGAGCUUAGAGGACGGAUGCAGGGACUCCACCAUGCGGACUUUGAGGGAGGCGUGCAGAGGCUAAGAGGCCUGGAGCCUGGCUGUGGUCUGCCUACAGCCUUCCCUCUGCUGGGCCGGAGCACUGCUGUCUAAGUGGGCGGAGUCAUCUCCUCAGGACGCUAAUUGAGUCAAAGAUUCAGACACUCAGCGAGGCGUUUUCAUCUCUCAGCGCCCGAGCCUCCUAUUGUUCCGCAGCAGCCGUUGCCAUGGCGUCCGGGCCCUGCGUGUUCAUGGCGACGACCUCGCUCCUCCUUUUAUCUGCUCCGUGUAACGUAGGAUGGACACAGAAAAGUUGCCAGCAUAUAAACACGCUGCUUAUAUAUUGUAUCGUCUUUCCUACUGAACGCGUCACCCGCGUUCUUUCAGCGCUUUGUGACGCCACACGGGCAUCUUAAAAUACUCCUAAAAGGCAAAUUAUCUUGUUUUCCCACACUGUUAAAGACCAGCCGGCUGCAGCCUUCAGGCCCGUGAGUCACCGAUGAUCAAUUUCAGUUUGCACCCUACGCCUUUAAAAAUAAACAGAAAUGGAUCUCAGCCACUCAGGACAAGCCCCUCCCCCAUCCCUCAACGAGCCUCUGAUUCAGCCUGUUUAGAAAUAUACUGACAUUUAUUUAGCCUGUUGCACUGGUCAAUCAAUGGCUUUAAUACAAUUCUGUAUUUAUGCUAAGUACAUUAGGAAAGCCAAUUCAAUAAAAAAAAAAAA